UGGCAGGCGCGGUGAAAGUCCGCUAUAACCAAAAUCCGUUGCAAAGUGGUCCGUAAAACGAGAUUAAUUGCUCAAACCUUUUACCAGCUGCUGCUGCUGCCUUUGUCCAUUGUUCGGUACAACUCUAACACAUUAAUGAUACUGCAGAUGUAAUCUGAGACUAGUUGCCCAGUGAACGUGGUAAACAGUUUACCUCGGCCAUAAUUCAAUUUGUUCCUUGGUAUCACUUCCUUCAACCCAAACAAAUUAAGUAUUAAAUCACUGUGAUUUCUUGCAAUAAUGUUGGAAUGCAAUUCCCCUCUUAAACCAUCUUAAAGCUCACCCACGGGGAUACAGGGGGUCAGCUCUUGAUAAGAGACACGCCCCUCCUUUGUAAUAAUCAAUAAAGCAAGAUAUUUAAAUCCGACAAGUCGGAGAGAGAGUUUUAUUUUCCCGGGCACAGCUCAGAGUGAACUCAGCGCAAGUCACACCCGCUACGGGAGCUGCGUGCCUGCACUCGCCAGAGUUACACACUGCUAGGGAUCGCAGAGGCAAGGCUGAGUGUUCAGCAUUCAGUCCCCACUGGCACCUGCAGUCUCCAUCUGUACUCUCCUCCGGAUAUUGCUCACAGAUGGACAAGGAACUGGGCAAGCGAGAUGGCCACUUCAAUGAACAAGACUUGGAUGCAAUCACCAGCAAGAUUGGCAAUCUCAGCAAGUGGCGAGGAAUCUUCAGCCAACAAGGAUUACAAUUCAAGGACACGGUUGUGAAGCAGAAAUAUCCAGACAGCCGCAAAGUGGAAGGUGAGAGUGAAGAUGGUGCAGGGGCAUCCCCCGGUGGCAGUGCCAAACCUAGUGGGUACCUCGUUCAAUUCAACGCGCCCUAUUCCAUCCCAAAAACAUUCCUUGUGUCCACCAGCCUGGGUGGCUUGCCCAUCACAUUGGAGGAGGCAGUGGCUCUAAGGAAGAUUCUUUUUGGGACGGCAUUUCAAGUUUUCAAUUACGAAUGGAGGAAAUCCCACUUCAGAUUCCGAGACCCUUACUCAGACUUGUCGUAUGCUCUGGAGGCAGAAAGGGGUGGUGCAAGAUCUGUUCAGAUGGCCGUGCAAGCUUUCAUCCUCAAACACUUACUGUUCACAAGAAAUAGUGAAGUGGAGGACCACAAUGAUAAACGCAUGAUAAAAGUGAGCAAAAAAGAGCAGGAAAAGGCUUUGGCGGCUGCAAUCUCUGACAUUUUGUGGACAGCGGGAGAAGGAGCCCAGAGCUUUGUUUGUUUGGUGACCACUGAAUGUUGUUUUGCUCCUGCAAUCAAUUACAAAAUCGAUACCUACACAGAGCGGCUUCAGCUCUUUAGCUUCACUGAUAAGGCAAAGCUCCAGCAGUUUGUGAUGGAACAGAUCCACUGUUUUAAAGGUGAGGGAAGUCAUGGGGCCAUUCUAUUCCUCUACAGUCUACUCUUCUCAAGGACUCUGGAAAAGCUGCAUAAAGAUUUAGAUCAUACAACCCCCUAUCUCCUGCAGUUAAGCCUCGGUAACUUCACUUGUCGGCAAGCACUUAUAAAUCUCAUGCUCACUGGAAGAGCCAGUCCAAACGUUUUCAAUGGUGACCUUCAGUCUGAUGACCAGGGUAACUUGCUGAGAGAUCCACAGCAUGGAAUCCUUACUCGAGGUGAUGUGGGCUACCUCUACUGGAAUAGACACGAGAUGGACCAUGAUAAACUCCCACAGGUGGGAAGCAUGCUGAAAACUCCCAAGCUGCCAAUUUGGCUUUGCAACAUCAACAGUACUUUCAGCAUGCUGUUCAGCACGAAGAGGCAGCUCCUGUCUGACUGGAAAAUGGAACAUCUCUUUGAUUUGUAUUUCUACACCGGCCAGCCAUUACAGGCAAAGGCAGUCAAACUCACGAUAGAUACUCACUCCCAUCAUUGGGAAGAGGGGAUGCACGAGGAGGAAGAUGAUCCAGAGAAAAGAUUUCCUUCGGUGUUGAUGACCGUCCGUACUAAGUGGGAAGGAGCUGUUGUGGACUGGAAUGGGACUAUCCCAUUUUACUGAAGCAGGGACAUCACCGAACUGUGUUGGGCAAUAGCAGGCAAUUGGCCAAGCCUGUGGUACUGGGAAACUAGAGAUAGGCAACUUCAAAUUCACAGUUCCCGAAUACGGCACAAAUCACAUCCCUAUUUGAUCCCAACAUGUGUUUCCAUUCUGGCUUUAGACUUUAGAGAUACGGCAUGGAAACAAGCCUUUUAGCCCACCCAGUCCACGCCGACCAGCGAUCACCCUGUGCACUAACAUUAUCCUACACACUAGGGGAAAUGUUACAGAAGCCAAUUAACCAACAAACAUGUACAUCUUUGGAGUGCGGGAGGAAACCGGAGCACCCGGGUCAGGAUUGAACCCAGGUCUCUGGCGCUGUAAGGCAGCAACUCGGCCACUGUGCUGCUGUUCUUAGAAUUUCUCAUCCUUUUCACAAGGGUUGCCUCAGUUGAAUCAUCAAAAAAUUUUAUUCCUGCUAACUCACUAAAAGGUUGGACUUUCUAUGAGGCACAGCAAAUAUGCUAGAUCCUAUAGGACUAUCAAAUCACCCUGGUAGUUACAUCUGCCUCUGCACCCUUCAUCUCAAAGGAAUUUUCUCACAAACUUGCUGGUAAUGGCUUAACAACAGAUACCUGGAUUUCAGUGAUUGGGGGUAACCAGCAAGCCGUCUCUUGAUAAGAAUUAAUGUUAGAAUUGGAAUAUAAACUUUGGAAGGGAUGAAAAGGAGGGUGAAUUUAAAAAGGAUCGACACAAUAUCAAGUUACAAACACCAAAAGAUACUAAGAAAGGAAGAACAUUUGGAUUCAUAGAAAAGAUUGAAAAUGGACCGGGAUAUUAAGAUUUUACUUUAGUGACACAGCGCGCAAACAGGCCCUUUGGUCCACCGAGUCCACGUCAACCAAUUGUAAUCCCAUGCACUUACAAUAUAAUGCACAUGAGGAAUAAUAUGCAAAUUUACAGGUCAAUUAUCCUACAAACUCCGUCUCUGGAGUUUGGGAGGAAACCGGAGCAUCCGGCGUAAACCUGCAUGGUCACAGGGAGAACAUACAAACUCCGUACAGAUGGCACCCGUAAUCAGGAUCAAACCCGACUCUCUGAGGUUGUAAAGUAGUAACUCUACUGCUGCGCCUCUUUGCCACCCUGAUAUAGAAAAAUAUCUUUAAAAUUUGAAAAUUUUAAAUGUCCCACUAAAAUUCAAAAUAUGAAGGAAUAUGCCGCUACACUUUGAAUAGUUGUGCUUCAGUCUCAGAGAGGUUAACUAACUGUUGUUAAACACUAAAGAUAUUAUUGCUUACACUUAUAAUGGCAGGAAUUAACUAUCUGAGGCAAGCUUAAUACUGAAUUACUGCAAAAAUAAUGUUAAUAAUGAAAUUCUGUUUCAUUAAGUUUCUCAUUUAAUACUAUAAGCUAGAAUAUUUUGACCAGUUACAAUCUUCAGUUGAUACUGAUUGUCCUCCAGACAUUGCUAUGCAGAAUAUAGAAAAGUACAGUAUAGGUAAGGCCCUUCGGCCCACAAUGUUAGUGAUGAACUUGAUGCCAAGAUAAACUAAUCUGCCUGCACAUGAUCCAUACCUCUCCAUUCCCUGCAUAUCCAUGUUCCUGUCUAAAAGCCUCUUAAACGACACUAUCAUACCUGCCUCCACCACCACCCCUGGCAGUAGUUCACAGGCACCCUCCACUCUUUGUAUUAAAAAUUACCCCUCACAUCUCCUUUAAUCUUUGUCGCUCUCACCUUACAGAUCACGUGGGGAACCUAAUUCUUGAAUUUCCAAGAAUUGCAGUUGAAAGGAAAUUAAACACUGAGGAAGAUUGUGAGGAACAGGAAAUUAAAAAAGUUAUGUCGUACAAAAUCUAAAGGGAAAGAAACAGUAUUUACAAAGUUAAUGGCUUAUUAUGCUUUAUUAUGUGAGGACAGAUCUGUCUCCACCAGUACUGUACCCCCGUGUUAUACAGUAGUAGACCUGUCCCCACUGGUAAUGUAUCCCAGUGUUAUACAGCAACAGACCCGUCCCCACUGGUGCUAUACCCCAAUGUUAUACAGUGACAGACCCUCCACCCCCCCAGCAGUAUUGUACCCCAGUGUUAUACAAUGACAGACCUGUCCCCUCCAGUACUAUAUCCCAGUGUUACACAGUGACAGACCUGUCCCCUCCAGUACUAUAUAUCCCAGUGUUACAUAGAGACAUAUCUUAGUCCAUUAGUUCUGCGACCACCUGCAAUAUACCCCAGGGUUAUAUAAAGAUAGACUAGGUGUAUUUUGUUAAUAUUCUACAGAACCUAGAUGGAUCAAGGAACUGAGACACAGUUCAGUCAUGAUCCCACUGAAUGCUUCAAUAGACUCGAGAGUUCAAAUUUCCUCUUCCUGGUUUCAUGUUACUAAACCCAGGAGAAGAUUCAUAGCAGCAUUAAAUAUAUUUGCGUUUUGUGAAAGAGAAGUUUUUUGGUCAUUGUUUUUUUUUUUAAAUGUGGACAUAAAGCAGAGGAUUUUGUUUGUCUCACAGACUGUAAUUGUCAAAGAAGUAAGAGUCUGUUAUCUUCAGAGUGAACGCUGGGAAGAAGUGCCUUGUGAGUGCGGAUGUGUUGGUGACAAUGGCCCGAGUCUAAGGGAUGGACAAUUGGAAACAAGAGACCAUACAAAUCAAACCUUCAAGAAUUUUAAAUACUGUAUGCAUAUACAUGGGUAUAAUAUAACCAUAUAACAAUUACAGCACGGAAACAGGCCAUCUCGACCCUUCUAGUCCGUGCCGAACACAUAAUCUCCCCUAGUCCCAUAUACCUGCGCUCAGACCAUAACCCUCCAUUCCCUUCCCAUCCAUAUAACUAGCCAAUUUAUUUUUAAAUGAUAAAAACGGACCUGCCUCCACCACCUUCACUGGAAGCUCAUUCCACACAGCUACCACUCUCUGAGUAACGAAGUUCCCCCUCAUGUUACCCCUAAACUUCAGUCCCUUAAUUCUCAAGUCAUGUCCCCUUGUUUGAAUCUUCCCUACUCUCAGUGGGAAAAGCUUUUCCAUGUCAACUCUGUCUAUCCCUCUCAUCAUUUUAAAAACCUCUAUCAAGUCCCCCCUUAACCUUCUGCGCUCCAAAGAAUAAAGUCCUAACUUGUUCAACCUUUCUCUGUAACUUAGUUGCUGAAACCCAGGCAACAUUCUAGUAAAUCUCCUCUGUACUCUCUCUAUUUUGUUGACAUCCUUCCUAUAAUUAGGCGACCAAAAUUGUACACCAUACUCCAGAAUUGGCCUCACCAAUGCCUUGUACAAUUUUUAACAUUACAGGUAGACAGUCAGAACCUCGUUCCCCAGAGUGGAAAUGUCCAGCACUAGAGGGUUAUGUGGCAAUGAAUUCCACAGAGUCACCACCCUCUGAAACUCUUCCUCAUCUCCUCUCUAAAGGUACAUCCUUUUAUUCUGAGGCUGUGCCCUUUGAUCCUAGACUCUCCCACUUGAGGAAACAUCCUUUCCACAUCCACUAUAUCCAGGCCUUUCACUAUUCUGUAAGUUUCAAUGAGGAGCUCCCUCAUCCUUCCAAACUCCAGCAAGUACAGGCCCAAUGCCGUCAAACGCUCAUUAUAUGUUAACUCAAGUAUUUCUGGGAUCAUCCUUGUAAUGAUCAGUAACAUUUAGUUGGUUCAGUAGCAUUUACAUUACUAACACUAAGUAUUCUGAAUCCACUAUCAAUCAAGUUGAUGCAACUUUAUCAGAUGAGGAGAUUUGCCGAUCCUUGAUCAACAAAAGUCAAUUUCAAGCCUUUUAAAUUGCUUUGUAUGAACUUUAUCUCCUUUUCAAACUAAUACAGUAUUUCUCCCAUAGAUGGCACUAAACAGCCGCUGUGUUAAGAUUUAAUAAAUAAUUGCUUUAACACAGUCUUCUGCAGUGACACUGCAUCAGUGAUUACCAAAUUCUGCAGCAUUUCAGGGGGAAGGGAAAGAGCCUUAGUCAAGUUAUACUCACGCUCAGCCAAGUCAAAUUAACGUUGCAAGUUCCUGAAAUCCAUCCAGCUGCAACCUCCUGUGUUAUAUAGUAAUCGAUCAACAACGGAGGCUUUGGAAUAGCUCAUUUCAAGCUCAUUUCAAGUCCAUUUCUUCUCACCCCUCUUAUUUCUCUGCUUUCGCCCUGAAGUUCUAGGGUAAGGGAAUCAAGUCAAGAGUGUUUUAUUGUCAUUUGUCCAAGACAGAACAAUGAAAUUCUUACUUGCAGCAGCACAACAGAAUAUGUAAACAUAGU